CAUGAGGACAGUUAAAAUAUUUUCACACAAAAGUAACUUAAUUUAUUAGCUAUAUAUUACCAUGAAGAUCAUUUGGGAUUGGAAAGUGAUUGAUAAAUAUUUAACUGUCAAAGCAAAAGAGAAUGAGCUUAUUCCAUAGAGUAAACAGUAUAUUAAACUGAAUAAAUGA